GCUCGUCCGUUUUCUAACCCUAUGCCGACCACGUCUAAGCCAUUGUCGUUUGUCCCAAAAAAUUCUUAUUUAACACAAGACAGGAAUGAUGAAAAUCACCCCGGAUUCAAUCAUUUGUCCGCCAGUACAUUCAGCGUGGGCCUUCGAGUUCUCGGAUGCAGGUCGCUUGAUACUGAACUGACUGAAGGCACUGUGGGAAUUGUAGGGACAGUUACUGAGCUCAGAUUAUCGGGGGACAAUACAGCAGUGAUACAGUGGGACACGGGAAUUAAGGAAACUUACAGUGCAGGGCAUCACGACCAGCAACGAAUCUUUGUUUUGGAUAAUGCGUGUAUCGGUGAGAUAGCGAAAAUUUACUGUACUCGGUUGAGAGCCGAUAAUUUGUAGGGUUUGUUUUAUUUUGAAACGUGCUUUUACAGUAGUGAAGCUUGAUACUAAAUUGCAACCAAUUAGAAGCUUCCUGUUAUAACCUCCGUGUAACUGAAAAAACAAAGACAUUUCUUCAAGCGACUACUGUGCUUGUGUUGACAUUUGUUCUAUUUCUUUUGAGUAGUCUUUGCAUACAUAAUAACUUCCGGCUUAAAGAAAGCGAAAGAAAACAUGACGUAAACAACAGAAGCUACACUUUCACUCUCACCUCCAUUUCCGUGUACGCAUGCGGAUCAGAUUGUUCCAGCUGUUUGGAUGAUGAGAAACAGGCCAUUCUCGAUUAUCAACAGAUUCUCAUAGAAAACAGGCCAGCUCCUGUAGAAAGUCAACCUCGCUAUUAAAUGCGGACACUUUAUUUACUAAAGUAAACCACAGGGGGUAUUCAACAGAUGUUUAUACGUGGAGGUUCCACCCCGAUCCGCCCCGAGGUCUAACCCCUUACCCUUUUAUAUACCAUUUUUCACGAAAAAGGUACCCCUUUCGUAUACCUUGUUUAAAACUUUGCAUCCCUUUUAACUGCUGUAAAUGCACUGUCUUUUAAAUAGGAAUCAAUCACAAAAAUAGAACGUCCUCUCGACUCUAUAAAGCCAUAAAAUGCAUCUGUCAGCCAGUGUUCUCCAGAAGCGUGGGCGGCCGGCGGUUUCGCUGGCUACUCUUUUCCAAAGUGUCGGUUACUUUUAUGACUCAAAACAUAAAAAGAACUGUCUGUACCAUUUAUCUUGAACUUUUCGGAAGGUCAAAAAGGAAACGAAAACAAUAACUUAUCGUAAAUAAAAGCUCUUAGGUGUAUAAGACAAUUUGCCUUUUGCUAAUGGUAUUAUCGAUAAAUUCACCAAAUGACUUUUCGUUAGACAUUGUCAGAUAAUAUUUUUAAAUAAAACACCUUGGAAUCAAUGUAACACUUUGCAUGCAAACAAGUGUUUUGAAAAAAAAAUGUACAUUGCUACUUUCAACUAGGAUUCUCGUGGAUUGUGUAGCUGCCCUAAAUUGGCCUUGAUUUUCUUGUUGCUGUAAGCGUCAAAAUUCAUCACAUUGCAUCUCUGGGUCUCUAUUUUUUUUAAAAAAAUUUUCCAUACUGCAUUGGGAGCUGGCUACUCAAACAUUUCUGGAGAACACUGGUGUUAGCCCUUUUGGGCCCUUUCAGAGACCCAAAUGACAGAUUUCCCUACCCCUUUAUAUACCGUAAAAUUCCGAAAAUAAGCCCCUCCAAAUACAAGCCCCCCAAACUGGUAACGCAAAAAACCCUCAGUUAAAUCGCCCUCCAAAUAUAAGCCCCCGGAGUGCUUGUACUUCGAAAAUUGCCCUCAAAUACAAAGUAAAAUAAAGCAAAAACGGUAAAAAAUACUUCCAACUAUAAGGCUAGCCCAAUCGAUUUUGAAACGUAAAUUUCCCUCCGUAGAUAAACCCCUCUGAAUAUAAGCCCCUCCAAAAAUAUACCCCUCAAAAAGGGUCUUUGAAAAAUAUAAGCCCCGAGGCUUAUUUUCGGAAUUUUACGGUACUUCAACGAGUGAAAUCGCUACCCUUUCAUGUCAAAGAGAUACCGGCCUUUCGGGUGGAGCCUCCCCGUAUAGGCCAUUAUAGGGAGUACCCCCCCCGUGAAGUUAAUGUGUCCUUUUUGAAGGAGUAACAAACAAGCCUUCAGAUAACAGCAUGUCUGUGUCCCCAACACUACGUUUUCCCGGACAGAAUAAAUUGUAGAGGCCAAUUUCAGACUAUUUAGGCAUCACAAGAGUUAGGCAGAGAACGGUUCAUGAUUAAGUAAUGUAUAAAAUCAGUGACUUUUUACUGUUUUCGUAGACACAGUUACGGAAUUACGGAUUUGUACAGGUUACAGACGAUUAAUUUGACGAUGCUAAUGUCCUGUUUUAUUUCGUUAGUAUUUUGGUAUUUUGUUCAAAAAUUGAAGGUUGUGUACUGUAUUUUUUUACUUAAAUAAUAUGAACCGCUUUUUACGGACACUGUCUAUGGCCCCUCAGUGUCAGCAUAAACAAAGUUUGACUGCAACAAUUUCAGUUUUACCGGAGUUAGCACCUAUUGAAUGUCUCCGCGAUUCUCUUGUUUCAGGACACAACAGUCGGCUUUUUUUGCAAAUAACUUGAAGUCAGCAUUGUUAAUGUUUGCUUCUAGGUAUAGCGCAUGGAGGGACAACGUGCGAAGCUUGUGAGCAAUGUCCAAUAGCUGGAUUACGAUGGAAGUGUUUAGAUUGUAAGGAAUCAAGUGUUGACUUGUGCACAUCAUGUUACAUGCGUGAUAACCAUGACAGAGAUCACAGCUUCCUGAGAUUUGAUUCUAGUGAAAAAGGCGGGUGAGUAUGAAAGACAAAUACAGUACACUUUCUUGUUAAAUGUGUAAUCCAAAGUCGCCUUAAUAGCAACCAAAAAACACAGCUUCACCUCACUACAACAUCAGUGAAAGCAGUGAAACAAGUUUCUAUAAUGGUCAUCCUGGCCAAAGGUACUAGAGGACAAAAUUGGCCCUUUAUAAUAUUCAUUGCCAUAAAAUCGUAUUGCAAAGAAAGACGCUUAAUGACUUAAUGUAUCAUCUUUAGCUAUCUUUACUCGAUUAAAUGCCGCCCUGGAAUAAACACUUCCAUAGGCGUACGGGCCGGGGGGGCGAGGGGGGCUGCAGCCUCCCCAAAUUUUGGGCAACUCAGAUUUUUUGGGCAGCAAGAGAAAAUUUGGGCAAAGCUAUUUUUUAAAGACGUUUCCGUGUUUUUUUAUUAGUUUUAAGAGACAAAUAUUUUCGAUUUUAAUCUGAAAAAUAUCCUGAAGUCAGCGUAAUAUUCCAGUUACAUUCUCUCUAGACACUCACAGUGGUUGCUUAGCACGUGAUGAGUUUCUGGUUAUAGGGAAGGGUAUCAUUUGUUGAUUUACAUAUUUAUAGUUUUUUUUAUUGUUGAGCACUGUACUGCACUGCACUGACUGGAAUGGGCUCUUAGCAGUCGUGAAUUGAUUAGAAUAAGCUUCCGCAUAUCUUUCUAGAAUCAACUCCGCCCGUAGAACAGUGUAUGGCAGAGAGCAUCAGCAACAGUGGGUGUGAAAAUGAAGAAGUGGCUGACUAGUUUUCAGCUCGAAUUACGAGAAGAAUAUUAAUUUUUUUUUUAAAUAAUCUAUCAAGCAAUAAUUUAUUAAAGUUGACCGAAAUGUUUACAAAACCGCUAACAAGAGCGCCUCGAUACAUACUGAUGAAAUGGAAUCCUUCUCUCUAGCGAUCGGCCGGAGCUAUCUCCAUGAUAUUUUACACACGUUUUUAAAAAGAUUGAAGCUACUAUGAGGUGAAAUUACAUGUCAAAAGAGAUUCGUUUUCUACAGAUAACGGCCAAACAUCAAGAUUUUUUUUAGGAUAUUUCUAAAACUUCAUCCCAAAAUAUCCCGAUAACUUUUUAUAGAUUCCGUUUUAACUUCACGAACAUCGACGCGACUAUUGGAGAAAAAAGUUGCCGUGAAGAUUUUGUAGGAACAGUUCCCAGUGUCAAGAAAUUUUGCUGCAAGUAAAAUAGACAAUGGCAUCAUUUUGUCGCUAUGACAACUCCGAUGUCAUUAAAACCCUAUGUAAAUUUUCAUCUAUAUCUAAUAAAACUAUGGUAGCAAUUUUUCCAAAUGUUUGUCUACGGCGACGUAGUUAUGCUCAAAAUUGGGAGGUAUUGACCCUGAAAAACUGCCACCUUCAUAUGCCAGCACGGCCUACGUUGUUGCAUCAUAUGCAUCAUAUAAAAAUUUGGGUAACUUGCGAGAAUUGUUUGGGCAAAUAGUUUACCGCCCCCCCUGGCAAAAAAUUGCCCGUACGCCUAUGAACACUUCACCCAAUCUCAAUCAUCUUGCCUUUAUUCGAAAAUUAUAAGAAAAAAAGUACUUGGUACGACUCAGUAAUACAUAAAAAGCAAAAAAAGUAUUGUAUCUUUAAAAUUGUUGUUUUACAUAAUAUUUCCACGUGAUCAUUGAAGAUUUACCUUAAUUUUGUUGUCAGUGAUUUAAGAUAUGUGAUUUUAAAUCAAAAGCGCUAAAAAUUUUAUAAACGCCACCGACUUUAAUCAGCUACGAUAUACAAGACGUCUUCUUAACUCGUUGUCUUAACUUUUCCUCUCCAUAACAACAAUUAAGAACACCGGUAGAAAGACGAAGCAAAACAAAGAAAAUUCAAGUACGAGGGAUUUUCCUGGGCACCAAAGUCACAAGAGGACCUGAUUGGCAAUAUGGUGAUGAAGAUGGUGGACCUGGGAAGUUUGGAACGGUGACAGAGAUAACAAGAUGGGAGGAAAACCCAACAGGUGCAGUUAGGGUCGCAUGGCAUUCUGGUUCAAAAGGUACUUACAGGCUUGGCUACAAAGGCAAGGUAAAUUUAGAUGAUUAUCAAAACUACUUUGCUGUUAACUUUGUUUCGAGGUAAAUACAAAUUUGCUUUUAAGCAGGACACAUGACGUCGUGAUUGUCUUAUGAACCUUAACGUUCUCUGUUAAUUUUUGUUUACAAACGCAAUUUUUUAUGUAGAAGAGACUCUAUUGAAAUUAUCCCUAUUUAAAUACAAGUUUUUUUUAAAAAAAGCGCGGUUAAUCAAAAUAUGAAUAGAAUAGCUUGUCUAUAGGACCAAUCUUUGUCCAGUGAGUAUACUGUAUUGAUCUCGUGUAAGUAGUACAGUGGGGACCGAAUUGACCCCUUUUUGCGCAGGAAUACAGUGACGCCGAUAACGUCAUAACCUUUGUCUCUAUCUCGCAGGUGAAGUGUAAGGAAUUCGCAUUAAGAUAACAUCGCGUGUUGAUUUUAGGUUAUUUAACCGGUUUGACAGGUUGUUCAAUUAUUCUUAUGCCGAUGAUUUUCUUGGUUUUUUGAUCGGGUGACCAAUAACUAAGAAACGUUUUUAUUGGCUGAUUCAUGUUGUCCAAGGAGUAUUAAAAACGCUAACUCGCGAUCGCCUGUGAAUCAAAGUCAUUGCGCCGUAACAUAACUAUAGCGGACAACAAAUUGUUCCAGCUCUGGAUCACUGUUUGUUCGCGCAGAAAUUGUGCAUAUUAAGGCUAUUGGCGUUAAUGUAUACCUGAUCAAUUUAUGGAGAUUCCUGCACAUAAUAGGGUUAAUUCGGUUCCUAUUAGACUACUUAUGUAUACACAUAUGAUGUUUGGUUGUCGAGUUCUGUAUUUAUCUUCAUGAUGUAACUGACCUUCUGUAAACUCCCCAGAUGAGGUUUGAUCAUAGUUAGUAGAGACUGGUUAUGAAAGCCGGCAAACGUUAAAACCAACGGUGCUGUAGUUUAUGUUGGAAGCUUCCUGAACGAGCACAAUCCCUUGUCUUUUAUUCACAAAUUGACUGGAUAAAUUGAUCCGAUGUUUCUCUUAGUCAGUAAGUUCAGAUCCAAACAAGCUAACAAAAACAUAUAACAAAAACAUAUGAAGAAGGAUUCUAACGGGUUUCAUAACCAUUCCUCUUUAUUAACUAUGGAUUGAUUAAUCACUUCUCCAUAGGUGGACUUACAGUGCACGAAUGAAGCCUCAGGAGGGUUCUACUACAUAUCGCAUUUACCAAGACUGCAACCGUGUCAGCCAACUACACCGGAAGCGGAAGGAAAUUUAACAGAUAUAUCAGGCGCAUUACGUGAAGGACAUGCUCUGACAAACCACUGCGACAUUCCUGUGUCCGGUACAACACAUGAUGUAGUCACGCAAACGUCUCAGGGGCCGGCUGCUGAUUUUCAAAAGGUAAAGACUAUUUAUUUCACUUAUUCCGUUGUCUUACAGGGGCAGAAAGUAUUGCCACCGUAAUGAUCUAUAAGAUUGUUUAAUUUUACGUAAUUUCAAAAAGAAAAGUACAGGGGAGAAUAACUACUCCUUUGUGGGAUCAUAUGACUCUUUUCGUACAAUUCUUACUACCGUGACAUUUACCCUCCUCCCCUUGUCUGAAUAACGUGAUUCUCAACGGCUUGCUACAAGAACUUACCCAACAAGCAAGCUCUCUACGUGGGGGAUAUCGUGAGUCAAACGCGAGCAAACCAGCAAAGGACACUCCACUUGCGGCUUCGCAGCUCGCUCGCGCGUUCUCGCUCGUCACUCGAGGUAGACAGCUUGCUCGCAGGCUAGGAAGAACAGAGAGCAGGCCCCAGUUGUUUAAACGUUGGAUAGCGUUAUCCACCGGAUAAAUCGCCAUCCGGAGGAGAAGUAGUACGAAAACCAAUUGCGUUAUCCACAGGAUAGUAAUUUAUUUAGCGGAUAGCGCUAUUCACCUUUUGAAAAGCUGGGGCCUGAUGUAUUGGUGAGGGGUAGAGAGGGGUAGAGAGAGAGAGAAGAGGAACAGGCGUCAUGUUGUUAGUUUUGAAAAUGCUAAAAUUCUUUUUACUGCGCUAUUUCUCUUGUGCAUAGCCCACAGUUACAGACUGGGAAAAGAGAGGGCAAGAGGCAAAGGUAGGUUUGUGCUUUUUUCCUAAUGCGCUAUGAGUCCCUUUAGUAGUUUAUUUAACGCUGCAACAUUGUUGUCUAAUUUGUCUCUACUGAGAUUGAUUGAUUCCCAGGAAGUACUGCUUCAGGUUGCUUCUGGUCAUUAACUAGUAAUCAGUAAUAAACAAGGCCGUUAUAUACAUCGAAACCGGUGAUAAAUUUGUAUGCUAUUUUCACUGGCAUUUUAGUUUUUUGGCGCCCAUUUUUUUGUUAAUCAGAACUGAAAGUUUUGCACUGGUUACAUUCCAUCCUAAUUUCUAAAAGAGUACCUUUGUUUUAGGCAUCCAGAAGUAAGCUACACAAGACAUCUAUUAAUGGGAAUUCAAAGGCUGUAGAGAUGCUUCUUAAUUCUGGUGAAGAUGUAAACCAAGGCGAUAAGGUGUGAUCUAAAACUACAAAAAUCAUUAUUUUUAAAUUUGUUGAUAGAUUAAAUAAACUUAUAUAUAUUGCCCUCUUCACGUUUUUAGUUUUUGUUGACGCCUCUUCAUCUAGCUGCUUGGUAUGGACAAGAAAGUGUUGUCAAACUGUUAUUACAAGGCGGUGCAAAUGUCAACGCGACAGAUAUUGUAAGUUGGUGAUUUUGUAUUCAGAUACAUGGAUUGAUAAUGCAAUAGGUAUUCUAUUGGCAUGUUGAUACAUUUCUUAGGUUGAAUAAAACGAUAAUGCAUGCCGUUAAAAUUAGGUAAGAUGUUAGCAGUUGUCACAUUUUUGGAUUCUGUUUUAGCUUCAAUAUAUCAAAAGGCCACGGCAAAAUGAUGCGAAAGUUGGGGCUUAGUCAUUCAUGACAUGAAGCCAACCUCCAAAACUAUUAAACCUCAGUCUCCUCUUACACAUAUUUCAUUUUUGUCAAAUUAUCGUUUAGUUUCAGAAAACCCCUUUGCAGAAAGCUGAACGUCACAACCAUCAAUCAAUAAUUAAGAUUCUCCAGAAAUAUGGUGCUACUCCAAGUUAUCAUCAGCCGGUAAGGAGGCUAGGUUUACUUACCUAUUCAAAACAGAGAAAUCUUGCCCAAGAUACUCCAGUGCUUCCCAAUAGCAAGGCACUAUUACCAAGAUGUAGGCAUUGAAAUAAAACUACUUAUAAUGGGCUUUCCUUGCAAACAGGUUCUACGAAUAAGUCUUUGACUGUGAACCGGUAUGAAAGAGGGGGAAUAAACGUUGGCCGAUGCUAUUCAGUUUGCUUACACCAUGGAGUAUGAAUUAAUCCGGGGGGGGGGUACUCGAUAUAUCCUUGGGUGGGGAGGUGCGGCCCGGCCCCUCAUACUUAACCUGUUUUAGACAAAGAUCGCUGAUUUUCGUACCCUGUUUAAGACAUUUAACCCGAAACCAUACCCUGUGUAAGACAAUAAUAAAUAUGGAAACUCUUUCUUAUCUAAUCCAUUGGCAGUCACAAAACUAUUUACAGCUUGAUCAACAGAGUCACGCAGGCUGUUUAUCGUCCAAGAAAAGAUACCCUGUUUAAAAAAAGAAAAAAGUGAUAAAAUCGAUACCCUGUUUAAGACAAAAAUCCCGAAAAACAUACCCUGGUUGGCCGCACGUCCCCAUUAAGCCCUUAUAAGGGAGUACCCCCCCGGGGGGAAUUAAUGUCUUUCUUUUGUGGUCUGAAGGUCCUCUUGAACAUCAGUGAUUGUACCUUUAAUUCAUAACCCUAGCGCAGUUUGCUCCAGAACUGCCUCUUAAGGUGUUGUUCAUUACAAUUCCAAGCGCGUAUAUUUUAGUACAAGGGAAUCGUGGUAAUUUGUCUGUUAGUUUUCUUAUCUUGAUUAAUCACAGAAAGUAAAAUAAAUGAGUGAGUAACAAUACGGCCGUUGAAAUGAGAGAAAACAACUCGCGGUUUGCUCUGGCCGCGGUUUACAUAAGACGGAAACACGCAGUAUUAAUGGUACAAAAUCUAAGGUCAUGGCUUAUUCAAGCCGCGGCUUAUCCUGCUGAGGAGUUUUGGGCUGUGAUUAUCCAAGCUGCGGAUUAUCUUGGACGUGAAGUGUUCGCACAAAUCGACUAAAACGCUGUCCACGGCUUGCUGAAGAGGUGAACGACUGAUGAGCAUGCGCUGUUUCGUCAUUGUGGCCUAGACUUCCUUUUUUCAUUUGCUCCCGUCCAUUCGCUAGAAGUGAAAAAUGUCAAGCACGUGUGACUUCAGACAGCAGUUUAUUUCCCAAAAAAUCACUUUAAAAGCAUUCGGUUUAUCGCUUGCCAUCUUUUUGUGGAGAUUCGCGACUUUCUUAAAUAGAUUGAUUGUUUUGGAGUGUAAUACCAAUCUUGACUGGAAUUAUAAUUUGAAACGAAACAGACAAAGAAAAUAUGACGCAGUUUCUUUGACAAACUGAGUCGUUUCGCUUUUUUGCUCACUCAAAAUGCACAUCAAAACGAAGAACCCCAAAAAACUUAUUAUGUUAUCACUGGACUAGUUAGCCUAAAACUGAGCCGUGAACCGUUUAUACGAGCAGUUCUCGUUUUAUGUAAGCCCUGCUCGUAUAAAUAGUUCUUUUCGCGUCUUAUGUUAGUCGAGGCCAGAUUAAACUGCGGCUUAUUUUCUCUCGUUCAAACGGCCCUAUUAUUGUCUCUUAUUCAAUCGCAGAGUACGUUGAAGUCCCUCUCGAAAAUGGCCGUCGUAACAGUCGAUCGACGCUCAGGGUUCAAUCUCUUCCAAGCCAUGGUCUAUGAGGGAAAUUUUCAAGGCGUAUUUACUGCCAGUGUCUUCCUUGAUGACUUUGUGAGAGAGUUGAAUUUCGAGUCGACAGCAAAUAACGCAAAGAUUUUUCCAUCAAAGACUUCACAUGAUAUGCUCUCAACACUUGAAAAUCACGACCAUGGGAAGAUAAAGCGAAUCUGUGAAGAAACGCUAGAAAAGAUCAGAACUUUGACUGAGUUACACGAAUGUGUUGACAACAAUGACACGGAAAAGGCUGUGGAACUUGUUUUGCAUCAUGGUUUGGACGUCAAUUCCCCAGCCAAGGGUAAUCGAACCCCUUUAUUGUGGGCUAGUCUGCGAUGUUCCAGUGAGUUUGUUAAGACCCUUACUGAUCUUGGAGCUGAAACGAAUGCUCGAACAGAAGAGAAAUGUACGCCUUUAAUAUUGGCAACAUACUGGAACAAUUACAUGGCUGCCCACCUUCUAACUAAGAUUGGGGCUGAUACCGAUGCACAGGAGGAGGAGGGAAUGGCAGCACUGCACGUUGCAAGCUGUAGGUCUGCUAGUAUAACACAGUGUUUAAUAGAAUCAGGGUGCAAUGUCAAUUUGCCAUCAACCACUGGCAGGACUCCACUUCAUCUAGCAGUUCAAAACAAACAAAAACACGUCGUCAAAAUGUUGCUAGAAAACGAUGCUGAUGUGGGGAAACGGGACAAACAGGAUCCAAAUGACAGGGUGAUACUGGUGAGCGGCAAGGACAAAGGAAAACCAGCUUGGCACUUUGUUGAUGUGAAGAAGACUUUGACUGGUUUGUUCUACAAACGGGUUAAAAGCGGCAGUCUGGACGUGGCCCAUUUUGGUACUGUCCUAGCAUCAGGAUGGGGGACAGACCCACCAGAUAGUAAGAGAGAAGAGAUUUUUAAAGCUGAUUCUGUAAAUACAGUGGAAAUAAAAGACAAGACAGCUCUUCACAUUGCUUGUGAAAUCGGUGACGUAGCAAUUAUGGACCUUCUAGUAGAGCAUGGUGCAGAUAUUAAUGCCCUAGACGCAGACGGGUUUACUCCUCUGCAGUUGGCAGCCAUUCGUGGAAACAUGAAAGUUGUUAAAAGGCUUGAUGAACUUAAGGCUGAUGUAAACCUGACCACAGCAGAUGGUAAAGAUGCGGUUGAUUAUACAAAAAUGAAUGAAGAAGUGCAAAUUGAAGAGUUUCUAAAGUCAAAGAAAAGUCUGCUUAAAAAAUUUUGGAACAGGUUGUCAAAAAAGUGA